CGAAAGAACCUAACCUCCAAAAUCCAUUGUUUUUCCUCAGUUUUGCAAAAUCCUUUUCAUACAUGUUUUUCUAAAAGAUUCGCGACAAAAAUGUCAGGAUUGCUCCUCAAUGGGAUGAGACACUCUCUAAGACUGUCUCAGGGUGGAAAUGUUGGAGCAUUGGGGAUUUUUCCUGGGGGUGUCUUAGAGCAACGGAGAUUCCGGAAGCACUGGAAGCCAGAAUUUAGGUGGCUACGUUCGAAGAAGGUGAUAAAGAUCAAAAUUCCCAAUCUCAAUGAGAAGCCAGGUGAUUUGACGGAGGAUGAAAUGAAGAGCCGGCUGCGAGAACGUGGACUUUUGCCACCACGCCCCUGGAUGGAGCGCCCCUUCUACAUCAGCUGCACUGGAGGGAUAUUUGAGCCAUAUGUGCCCCCUGAAGGUGAUGGCAAGAUGUCUUCGAUCACAAAAGAGGGAGCGAAGCAAAAAUUUGAAUUCAUCGAGAAGAAAUCGAAGAGUAUGAUGGCUCUCAGGAAGAUACGGAAUUUUGAGGAAGAUUUUGACCCACCGGUGUUCUGCAAGGAAGCUGAACAGAUAUACAUCAAAAUCCACGAGUUGAUGGCCCAGAAGGAGAAAUACAAAAUCAGGGAAUUCGUCACAGAAAGGGCAUAUCCAGAAAUCAUGCACAAUGUCCGUGACAAGACGAUUCAUUGGAGAUUCCUUAAAUCCCUGGACUAUCCUCGACUCGUUCAUGCUCGCUGUACAGAUAUGAUCUCCAAGGACAAUAUCUACGCUCAGGUUACAGUUCGCUUCCAUACACAGCAACUUCUGGCCAUUUAUGACAGAUUCGGGCGCCUUCUGCAUGGUAGUGAGAUCCUGGCCAAGGAUGUCCUUGAGUAUGUUGUCUUUGAGAGGCACAUGUCCCAUGAAUACGGCACAUGGCGCCUCCAUGAGAAAAUAAUCCCUGAUUGGAUGCCUCCCAAGGAACCCGGUCCAGUGACUUACCGUGUUGAUGAUACCCCGCCGCCAGCACUGGAACCCACCCAGGAGGAAGCCACAGAUUCCGUAGCAGUGACUAAGCCCGAAGACACUGGAGCAAAAGUAGCCACAGUUUAAAUAUUGUAAACUAUGAUAUUUUAUUUGAUAAAAAAUAGAGAAUAUCCAAGUAGAGUGUA